CCACAGUAUAUUAUUCCCACUGUCGCUCUAUUAGAAGUCGUUGCUCCCAGACUUCUCGACCUCAUCAGGACUUGACGUCCCUGUCCGACUUCCUCUGCCACCUGUCUAUAUGCCCAAGAAGUACCACCAGAAAUCUCUCUUGACCAAACCGCAGCCCAGCAGUCCUCCAUCACUGUCGUCAUCCAGGCCCUCUCCCUCUCAUCAGACGGAACCGUCCCCACGCAGCGUCAAUGAUUUGAUUCGAGAAUCUCGACGCACCCAACUUCGAAAUGAAGCACAACGCAAUCCUCCCACCCCAUCUCUAAUCACAUCAGUACCUCCAUCGGUAAGAGCAGUCCUCGACCUCCCUCCUCCGCCACCUCCGCCCGAGCCUCGACUGGGCCUUCACGGACCAGCACGAACUCGCCGCAUCCCCGGUCCGCCACCGCCGCGGUCAUGGCUAGUCCACAGCAUCCACGCUCCUGACAAGUACAAAUCACCCAUCAUUGUGGAUGGUAGUAACGGGCGUCGCGUGCAGGUUCGCACGAGCAAUUUGCCCGGAGGAUCAUUCCCACCCUCGACGUCUCUACAGCAUCUGAUCUUGACCAAGAUCGCAAGCCAAUGGGCAUGGCAUGCGGAAAACGACGCCGACUGGCUGUACACGUUGCCCUCGAACCUGAAACAGACUCUGUUGAGUUAUCUCUCGGUCUACAAUGAAGCGCCUAUCAAUCCUCUCCGGUUGCUUUUUCCUGAAGAUGCGACACCCGAAUAUAACGAUCGAGACGAGGUGCAUAGACUCGAUAUGGGGAAUGCUCUUGGACUGUGGACUUCGAUGAAAGGUUUGGAACGAGAUCUCUUUACUAAGAAUCUCCUUUCCAGUAAUAAUAACAAUAACCCUGAGAUAUCACAGGCCAAGAUUACUUCCUCUGAGACACCAGAUCAUUGGGAUGCUGACGACGAUAGUGACAAUGAUAAUGACAAUGGCGAGGACUCCGCUGCCACCAGCUACCGUUAUGAAUUGGGAACAGUGUCUACUCUCAAAACAAGACACAACUUCGCCAAUCUCAAGCAUUUAUCUCUCGCCAUCUCACCCUUCAACGUCAAAGCAGCCUCAUGGGCAUCUCUCCUCACCGUGGCCGGCGAAUUGGGCACUCUGACAUCAUUGUCUCUGGCAUAUUGGCCACAACCGACAUUCACACCGAAUGCGGCGUCGACACGAAUCACCGUUCGAGCCUUUGGCCAAUCGGUCGUGUACGGCGGAUCCAACAUGUACACAGCGCAUGAUGAUGACUGGCGCGAGGCAGCAGGAAUCCUUCGUACCCUCAGUCGAUCACUCUAUUGUCUGCGAUGGUUGGAUUUGACUGGUUGUGGCGAUUGGUAUGCGGCUUUGCUGUGGUCGCCUCAACCCAUGGCAUUGGGCUCGGAGUUGUCGGCGGAGAAUAUUGGUCCUGAAUGGAAUGGAGGUUGGAGAGGUUUGGAAGAGUUGGUGCUUCGAGCCGGGUGGAAACCAGUAUCUCCUCCUUCUCUUUCUUCUACGGCCGUAGCUGCUGCUGUUGCUGGAUCGUCUGUCACAGUCGUCGAACCAGCAUGGAACGUCGAACAUGAACGUAUGGUCUAUCGCUAUAACCAAGAACGACAGCGGUUGAGUGAUAUCCAUACCCGGGCUCGAGAGGUGGCUAAUCAUCUCCGAAGGAUUCGAAAAGCAGCUGGAGGGAGGUGGAUCGAAGUCGACUGCGGAGAUGCUCCGACUCUGUCUGACUAAGAACUGAAUAGAGAUGGAUAUAUAUGCAGUUUUGGUAGAUGUGAAUGAAUCAAGAAAAGACAGGAUCAGGAUCAG